AUGAAUGAAGAGAAGGAAUUGAACAUCGGGCAGAUCUUUUCGGAUGUCUCCAGGACGGUGGAUAAGGUCAGAAACAUGUUCAAUGGAGACGGUCAGCCGUUGAGAGUUGAGGCCAUGGCUUCCACCAUCAACGCGACGUCAGGGCGUGAGAAGGUCAGCUCGGGAUCUCCAUUGGCCGGACUUUUCGGCGGACAGAGCACUUGUUUCAAGACUUGCGGCAUGGACGACAUCCAGUGGGCUGCGAGGGUAAGUUGCUUCUUUUGAGUUGAUCGUUUACUUUGAGGAACGCAUCUCAGAUUAGAUUACACUUUUCUAAGGGACUUAAGGAAGUCUUAUACCUAAAUUAUUGCCUGAAAUCAUCCUUUCGAAUAAAUAUUCCACACGAACUAUUGCUAUUCAUAUAAACCCUUCUGCUUUCAGAGAGCCGGCGACUUGUUCAUCACCCUCCAGACAUGCACGAUCAUCCUUACAUCGGUACUGGCGGUCUGCUUGAUAAUCUGCCUUUUGGUCGGCGUUUCUUGGUUCUAUCUUCAUGAACGGCGACAACGGAACGUAGACCUAGACCAUGGAUCCAGUGCACAGUCAACGGUUUUACCGCGUUUUUUCAAGGAAUCUAUAUUCAGUCCGAGCAAAGAAGAUGAUCAUCAUGAUCACAAGAGCAGGGAGUGA